GGAGACCGGAUAUAGUGAAUGCAGGGUCCGGGGAGAGCGGAUAUAGUGAAUGCGGGGUCCGGGGAGAGGGGAUAUAGUGAAUGCGGGGUCCGGGGAGACCAGAUAUAGUGAAUGCAGGGUCCGGGGAGAGCGGAUAUAGUGAAUGCAGGGUCCGGGGAGAGCGGAUAUAGUGAAUGCAGGGUCCGGGGAAAGCGGAUAUAGUGAAUGCAGGGGUUCGGGGAGAGCGGAUAUAGUGAAUGCAGGGUCCGGGGAGAGUAGAUAUAGUGAAUGCAGGGUCCGG